CCAGCCUGUGCGUCCCCGAGUGGAAAGACAGCAGGGGGUCUUGGGCUGUGCAGUGUCUCCCAAACCACUGCCUGCCCGCCUACCCUCUACCCAGGGAAGACUAUUUUCUCCGGCCUUUCCCGCGAUGUCCGUGCCCCCCUCCCUUCCUUUCCCCUCUCCGUCUCCGCCCCCUCGCGCAGAGGAGGCCUCGCCGCUUUAAGAGCCGGGGUAGCGAUUGACAAGCAAUAAACGCGGAGAGCCGGGCUGCGCUGGAGCCGCACCGAGCUUCGGGCUCCUCAGGGCGCAGGUAGGCGCCCCCCGACCCCUGGGCCAGCGCUCACCCCGAGGCCCUGGUUUCCUCUUCGUGCAGGGGCAGAUCCAGAAGGAAGGAAAGUCUUCCCCCAGCAUUUGUAAUUUCUGCUACCUGAGCUCAGGAGAGCCGCUCCAGAGCCCUUGCAGACCUCACCAUGCCAGUUGCUGCCACCAACUCUGAGUCUGGGGUUCAUGGACCCCCUUGUGCACUCAGGGACCCACCAGGUGAAGCUCCCAGUGCUGGAGCCAUGCAGCAGGUCCUGGACAACCUGGGAUCCCUCCCCAAUGCCACGGGGGCCGCGGAGCUCGACCUGAUCUUCCUUCGAGGCAUUAUGGAAAGUCCCAUAGUAAGAUCCCUGGCCAAGGCCCACGAGCGGCUGGAGGAGACCAAGCUGGAGGCCGUGCGGGACAACAAUCUGGAGCUGGUGCAGGAGAUCCUUCGGGACCUAGCACAGCUGGCAGAGCAGAGCAGCACCGCCGCGGAGCUGGCGCGCAUCCUCCAGGAGCCUCACUUCCAGUCCCUCCUGGAGACACACGACUCUGUGGCCUCGAAGACCUAUGAGACCCCCCCGCCCAGCCCUGGCCUGGACCCCACCUUCAGCAACCAGCCGGUGCCUCCCGAUGCGGUGCGCAUGGUGGGCAUCCGCAAGACCGCUGGAGAGCAUCUGGGAGUGACCUUCCGUGUGGAGGGCGGCGAGUUGGUGAUAGCACGAAUUCUGCACGGGGGCAUGGUGGCUCAGCAAGGCCUGCUGCACGUGGGCGACAUCAUCAAGGAGGUGAACGGGCAGCCCGUGGGCAGCGACCCCCGAGCGCUGCAGGAGCUCCUGCGCAGUGCCAGCGGCAGCGUCGUCCUCAAGAUCCUGCCCAGCUACCAGGAGCCCCAUCUGCCCCGCCAGGUAUUUGUGAAAUGCCACUUUGACUAUGACCCUGCAAGAGACAGUCUCAUCCCCUGCAAGGAAGCUGGCCUGCGCUUCAACGCCGCGGACUUGCUGCAGAUUGUAAACCAGGACGAUGCUAACUGGUGGCAGGCAUGCCAUGUAGAAGGGGGCAGCGCGGGGCUUAUCCCCAGCCAACUGCUGGAGGAGAAGCGGAAGGCCUUUGUCAAACGGGAUCUGGAGCUGACACCCACCUCAGGGACCCUAUGUGGCAGCCUUUCAGGAAAGAAAAAGAAGCGAAUGAUGUAUUUGACCACCAAGAAUGCAGAGUUUGACCGCCAUGAGCUGCUCAUUUAUGAGGAGGUGGCCCGCAUGCCCCCCUUCCGCCGGAAAACCCUAGUGCUCAUUGGAGCGCAGGGUGUCGGCCGUCGCAGCCUGAAGAACAAGCUCAUCAUGUGGGAUCCAGAUCGCUAUGGAACCACCGUGCCCUACACGUCCCGGCGACCCAAGGACUCCGAACGCGAAGGCCAGGGCUACAGCUUUGUGUCCCGUGGGGAGAUGGAGGCCGACAUCCGCGCCGGGCGCUACCUGGAACAUGGCGAGUACGAGGGCAACCUGUAUGGCACGCGCAUCGACUCCAUCCGGGGCGUGGUCGCCUCCGGCAAAGUGUGCGUGCUGGACGUCAACCCCCAGGCGGUGAAAGUGCUGAGAACAGCUGAGUUUGUCCCUUACGUGGUUUUCAUUGAGGCCCCCGACUAUGAGACCCUCCGGGCUAUGAACAGGGCUGCACUGGAGAGUGGGGUAUCCACUAAGCAGCUUACGGAGGCAGACCUGAGGAGGACAGUGGAAGAGAGCAGCCGCAUCCAGAGGGGCUAUGGGCACUACUUCGACCUCAGCCUGGUCAACACUAACCUGGAGAGGACCUUUCGUGAGCUCCAGGUGGCCAUGGAGAAGCUGCGGACGGAGCCCCAGUGGGUGCCUGUCAGCUGGGUGUACUGAGCCUGUUCAUGUGGACCUCACCCCUCUGGUUGUGACCCAGAACCCCGAAUCCAUCCCCCUCCCCAGCCAUGAUCCUUAGCUCGAUUCCCUGGCGGUCUGGCUCUCCCUGGGCGAUGGCUCCUAGCGGGGCCCUAAUCUGGCUUCAGCACAGAGGCAUGUACUGCCAAGGAGAUGGGUGUUCAUGAGGUACCUCUGUGCCCAGGUGCUGCCCGCUCCCCACACCCACUGGCCACCAGAUAUCCCUCUCUGAGGGCCAGGCUGUGCCCAGGAGUGUGUCAGAGUCACUUCCCUAGUGCUCAGUCCGGAGAAGAGAAAAGCUGCUUUGGGACCACCGAUCAGGGUCAGGUCCGUCUGUUCACCACGCACCUCUCUCCAGUUCUCCUUGGGCUGGCCACGCCCAUUCCUGGGCUCCUCCCACCUCUCACCCCUGUGGCCUAGGAGCCGGGCCUUGGGCUCUUUCCAGACCAGGGAGUGCAGGUCCUGGCAGCCAGGCAGUCCAGGGCAGUGGUGCCAUCCUGGUGCCAUCCUGAAGGCUGGAGGAGCCCGAGCUUGAACCAGCAGGGCCGUCCCAGCUCCCUGGAAUGGGGUGGAGUCCCACAAGCGGACUCCGCCCUAUCCUUCCCUCAUCCACAGCUUUUCACUGCCGAAGUCUCUCCACAGACUUCUCCAAUGUGCCCCUGACAGAUCAGCUCUGCUCCCCGCCCCUACCCCCUCCACCCCCCUUGCAGGGCAAGGCCAGCAGGCAUGGGCGGGCUCAAAUGGGGUAGGGGUGGACUGACUGCAAAGCCGAUCACUGGGAGCCUUUACUACUGAUCAUGGCCCAUGGUGGGGCACCUCUGGGCUCCCUGUUCAAGACCGUUGUCCAUUUCACCCCUCUGGUGGGGUCCUGGGGCGGCUGAGGAUGGGUGCUGAGGGGACCUGUGAGCAGGCUGUGGAGACAUGGGCUCAGAGGAGGACAUUUGUGCUCUAGCCAGCUUCUUGCUGAACAACUCCAGCGGGCGCUAUCCACACUGUCUCAGCGCAGCUUCUGUUCCUCACGCUGCGGCACCCUGUCUGUGUUUGUGCCACUGGUGUGUGUAUCAGUGUUGGGUUUUGGAGAAGAGAAGCAAACGGUUGUUUGGCUUGGGAGGUCACUUUUUGGGGCCCUUUGGGGGGACCCCAUCAGCUCCCAUUUCUUAUGAGACUCUUGUCCCAGAUUCCAGACUCUUGGUCCUCCCCAGAUGUUUCCCCCACCUGUCCUAUUGUCCCCCUGUCCUAAAAGCCAUCCUCUGUCCUUGGGGAAGGCAAAUUGUGUAAAAUAGGAAAAUCCCUUUUAAGAAAAGAAUGUCGUCCUAGACUUCCCCAGGUGUCUGUCCCUCAUCCUUCUCUGUGACCCUGCCUGGGGUCAGCCCGUCCUUGCCCAGGACCACGCCAUCGCCCCCACCGCGACCCCCACUGCCCGCCAGCGGACUUCCCCAUUCUCCGGAGUAUCUGAUCAGCCUUCGUUGCACGUUCAGUCCAAGCUGGCCCCUGAACCACUGUGUGCCCAUUUCCUAGGGAAGGGGAGGGAGAAGAGACAGAAUAUUUAUUACAAAGUUAGAAAUAUAUUUAUUAUAUUAGGGAUCUCAUUUGCAUUUGCAUCAGAUAUGCAAAUGAGAUGUAAAGGUCAAGCCUGCUCCCAUCUCAUUUGCAUAGCUCUGCAUUCACUAUGCAGUCACCUUUAUACUCAGCUUUUCCCCUUUAGCCAGUGUUCUUUUUAUCCUCACCUCCGCUCCCCCUCACAUAACCCUUACCCACAGCCCAAGGGGACCAGGAGUGGGAGGAAGACUGGUCGGGGCUCUCCUGCUGGCUGGCCCGAGGCAAUCACUGGUAUCCUUUGCUAGUUCCCACCUCCCCUGGAGGACUUAGGAGUGGGGGCAGCCUAAGAUCUGCUGGUGCAAACCCUCCCCGCCUUGGUUAACCUCCAAAGUGGCUGAUGGAGAGACCAUACUCCGAUGGGAGUGGAGGGAGGCUGGCAUGGGGGGGGGGCGAGCGCCUUGCUGGAGCGUUGGCACUUGGCCCCUUAGGGCAGAUCUCCCGUGUUGAUGCCGUUUUGCCCCCUUCACCUCUAGUGAUGCCUGGUGGCUGAGCCUGGUCCCUCCUCUCCUGUCUUCAUCCCUCCCUGAACUGCGUCGUCUCUCCCCUGCCCACGCCCCCCUGCCCCACCCCUGGCCCAGGGCUGGGUUGGAACAGGUGUGUGCCCACCACUUCACCUCUCUCCCUCCCUGGACGCUUGUGUUUGAGACACCUCAGGAUGAGGACUCUGUCCCCCACUGUCCCCACUCGGUGCCAGCCCGAUUGCACCCCUCUCCUCUCCCUCAGUCAAUUCUUGAGCUUUUGCUCUGACUUGUUUUCUUUCUUUUCCUUUGAUUAAAUGUGAAAACAAAGGC